UGGAAGUGCGUCACUUCUACAUUUGAUAUCAGCCUCGGGAUGAUACCAUACGUUCUCUCAAAUACCGACUGUGUCCUUCAAUAAAUCAACCGGACGACGAAGCACGACUUCGUCUCAACACCGGGAUAUCGGCACGUUACUAUCUAGCCCAUCUGCUUUGCUCUCGUGUCCGUUUCAGCUCGGUGAAGUCAUCAUGGCGGAUGCUGCCAUUGACUUGUCCACGCUAUCAGAAGAACAACAGCUUGCGCUCCAACAAUUCACUUCCGUAACAGAUCAGGAUCUGUCUGCAGCAGUCCCGCUUCUUCAAAGAUGCGAAUGGAAUGCCCAAAUAGCCAUCACACGUUUCUUUGACGGCGAUGCCGGCACUGUCGACCCUCUCGCCGAGGCUGCGGCCGCGCCUCCGCCAGAACAUCAGCGUCAGGCCGAGAAUCUGAUGCAGAGUAUCUCAACAAGGAGGUCUAUUGGAGAAAGAAGGCCGGCCGGGUUUGACUCAGCGCCACGAGUCGUGCCAACACCUGAGAGCCAAAUGACGCAGUCCUUGCCCUUCCCAUUCUCGAUCUUGCUACUGCCUGUAAACCUUACAUACACGAUCUUUCAACGACUCUUUGGAUUGGUGGGAUAUUUGUUGCCAAUCAUCCCACGGACUUUCGCUCGUCUCUGGUCCGGACGUGCGUCACGGCCCUCGCGCGGCGCAGGUCGCCGACACCUGACCCCGAGGGAUACAGCAGCACGGUUCAUGCGAGAAUUUGAAGAGGAGUAUGGUGUGACGCAUGGCACGCUGCCUUUCCAUGAAGGCGGCUACGCGCAAGCCUUCGAUAUUGCAAAUCGCGACCUGAAGUUCUUGAUUGUCGCAAUUCUUUCCCCGGAGCACGACGACAAUGCACUGUUCGUGCGCGAGACAUUACUCUCUCCCGAGUUCAUUGCAUUCGCCAAGGACCCCAGUAACAAUAUCAUAUUAUGGGCCGGGACCAUACAGGAUGCCGAAGCUUAUCAAGUCAGCACGGCACUCAAGGUCACACGCCUGCCUUACGCAUGUCUGAUCGUGCACACACCCUCGAUAUCCUCCACAGCCAUGUCCAAAAUCGCAACGUCAGCGGGCCCGGUUGCAGUACAGGAUCUGAUCGCCAAAUUCCGAGUGGCCAUGCAAAAUCAAAACGAAGACCUCGCGGCUGUGAGGCGGCGACGGCAGGAGCAACAAGCAACCCGAAAUCUACGGCAGGAGCAAGAGAGUGCAUACGAGCGAUCUCUCGCCCAGGACAGGGAGAAGGCGCGCAAGAGGAAAGAAGAGGAGGCAGAACGCGAGAAGGCAGAGAGGGAAGAGAGGGAGAAAGCCGAACAGAAAGCAGAUUUGGCGAGGAAACUAUCACAAUGGAAGCGAUGGCGCGUAAGGAUUAUCGCUCCUGAGCCAAGCUCUGAAGUCAAGGAUGCUGUGCGCAUCAGCAUACGAUUAAAGUCAGGGGAGCGUGUGAUACGGAGAUUCGACGGUCAGAGCGCUCUCGACGAUCUUUACGCCUUCGUUGAAUGUCACGACAUUCUAGAGGAGGUCAAUGAGAAGGAAACUCCCAAGCCCGAGGCAUAUGAGCAUGUCUACAAAUUCCAGCUGGUUUCACCCAUGCCCAGGGAGGUGUAUGAUAUUGAAAAGGGCGGCAGCAUUCGCGAGCGGAUCGGCAGAAGCGGGAACCUGAUCGUCGAGAGGAUUCUUGACGAUGAUGAGGAGGACGGAGAGAAUGACGACUAUGACGGUGAUGAGUGAUAGCCCCUAUACGCUGUAUGUCACAUUUAUGAAAGCCCGUGGGAUCUGCGGGUGGACGCUCAUAUGGAAGCAUGUCACGCGAUGCUCGUUUCGAGGGCCAUUGUGUUGAUGUUAUGGUCGUUGGUUUCAUGUCUGUGGCUAUAGAAUAUAAUGCAGACUGAAGAUUUCUGACACUCUUGGUCGUGCUUGGCCCGAAUACCGUCACGGAUAGACGUGUCUGAGGCUCACCAACUGUGUAGAUCUGGACUGUAAAGUUCAACAAUUCCCUGCCAGGGCCUUUUUGAAUUCAUGGACGCCAGGAAAAUGGUUGCGACCAGCUACAUAAUCACCUCUGGGUCGUCGGAAAUAGUUUAGAAAAUUAUACAAU